CUCUGUACCAGAUUGGGAACUCAGAAGGUCGUUCUUCUGCCGGGUGAGUUCGCUAGUGAUUGCGUCCUGUGUAUUGUAUGUAUAUCACGUGGUCGGUUAGAAUUGCUAUUUUUCUAAGCUCUGGCCAUGUACCAGUUGUAGCAAGUUUAAAAUUUGUCGCCAGGUUUCUCAAUUUGAGAGAAAAGUAGGCAGUUUGGUGUUAAUUUUGAGGGAGGUUCCCGUUUCACAUAAUGUUAGUUUCGAGGCAUUUUCCCUCAAUACGGAAGUUUCGGGUAAAAUUCUCACCUUUUACCACGUGCUAGAUGCGCGGUCGCUUAUAUCCGCUCUGGGUUUUUCUGAGGAAUUUUGAAACCUGUCCAAAGCUUUCAUUUCCCCUUUUUUUUGUUUGCUUAGUUGAGGGGACAUCUGUUCGCUAUUUCAACAUAACACACUAAUUCUCUCAACUUCCGAUAGACGUAACCAGUCGUAUGGAAUUGUUUUUGAAGUCAUAUUAGGAUUUUCUGCUAAGGGCGUCCAAAAAUCGAAAAUUCCCACUAAUUUAGAUAAAUCUUCCAAUUUUGGUGAAAAUUCGACCCAUGUUGGGGAACUGGCACCAAAACCUCAAAAUUUCCCCUAAACCUUGGUAAAGGUCAUUUGACUUUGGGGGUUUACCCAAACUUGGGAGAUUAGGAGUUCUGCAAAAUUUACGCUAACUCUGGGGAAAUCUCCAUUUGCACAAAGUGUACGUAGACACUGAGAAGAUUCAGCAAAUUAGUGCAUAAGCUUCCCGAAACUUCUAGCAACUUCAUGCAAAGCCUCGAAAUAUCAGUCGAAACAAAACAUCGAAAUUUUAUCCUCCAAAAUUCAAAUCGGAAUAUUGACUUGUACAUUUUCGGUCUUCCAAAUUCAGUCUAGUAGUUUCCCCCCAAGCUGCCUGCAUAACUAUCUACAUCAUAGCACCGUGCACAGUUGACUACAUAGAUCCAACCAAGUAAACUUUCUGCUUAGAUAAUAUUUUAUUUUCACAUAAGGACCGAUAACUGAAGUUCAUUCACCUUGUAGACGUAGUCCUUGUCAAUCAACACUCACAAACAUAACGUCAUAUUUUUGUCCGACCAUAGUUAAAAGGCUGACAUAAUAUUCAGGGCAAUAUAUGUCUAAAAGAAAACAAAUAUACAUUUUACAUAAGUCGUUUCAUUUCUCCAUAUUGUGGUUUAAAGAAGUGAGGUGAUUCCCUAAAGCUGAUUCAAACUUAGGUUUACAGUAUUCUGCAAAGAUAGAUGUUAGUGAUGUCAUUGGUUUACCAAUAAAUUUAUUUAUUUAAACAUAAGAACGUUGGUACAGGGAGGCAUCGCAUAUAUAUGCAUCUUACCUUGUCAUUCGAUUUGUGUUUGGGUUGUGAUACUGCCCGGGUGCCCGGACCGAAGCAGGUGGUUCUCUUAGGGAGACACUCCGAGCCUUUGACCUAGAGGUCUAAUCCACAAGGCAGUGGAACAACGCUAGGUGUUCAUAUUUUCCACAGUGGUUGAUGAUCGUCGCUUUUUAGGAAAAGAAAUAUAAGAUAGUAUCUGACUAGCGAUGUUUGUCACAGACAUGAUUUCUGUUAAAUGGCAGAUGGCACAGGAACUAGAUUAAAUCAACAAGCUGAGGGUCGAUUUAUUUGAAUAUGUAUUGUCACUGAUAUACAAUAUUCAGAAAGAAUAUAUUACAACUUAUCCAAAGAAAAUGUACACAAAUAAGAUGAUUGGUGGUACACGAUAAGAAAUGUUAAUCAAACCAGUUCAAUCACUGAUAUGGAUACUAGUAUACAUAAUUAGAACACGAAAUUGAGCAAGGUAUUAGAUGUAUUACUUUGAUGGCAAGCCUUUAAAGAAUUCACCAGUUAAAGAGAUUGGUGAAAAUAUUAAAAAAAGAUUGUACCAAUUAGUGAGUAUUAUGAAACAGCCACGGAAUUGGUUGGCAAAAUACGUGUCGCAAAAUUGUAUAUAGACCUAUGAAAACGAUGCAAACUGAAAGAUUGUAAAUAGAUAUGUAUGGUAGCAAUAGCACACUGACGUCUGUUAGUGCUUAAGAAGCCAGCUAAAACGUGGUAGUACACAUUAAUUUUUAAAUUUUGAAUAAACCUACAAGCUACAAAUAUUGACAUAUGAAUAUAUAUCCAAUAAACCAUUCUUACUGAUUCUUACAUUAUCUUUCAAUAUUCAUCCAUCAAUAUCUCUUACAUCGUACAAGGAACCCUGACUUUCAGAAUCUAUGACUUGUCUGAAAUCUUUCCCACAUAAGGAAGCUCUGAAAUAUGGAGUACUAAACUAGCCAAAAAUGGUCUAGUACAGCCGAGGGUGUGUAGAGUCCGCUUUCCGUAUUUCGGACACUGUUUACUGUGGGACGGCAUUUCCUAACGUUUCUGUGACGGCUUGUAAAUUCAUUCUCUAGGUUAGAAGCUCGGGGAGUGGCCUACUAAUAAAACUACUUUUUUUCGGUUCGGGCAGCCUAGCAUUAUCCCAUCCCAUAUACAAAUUGAAUGAUAACUACUUGGUAUGGCGCAUAUAUAUUUUGGUGCCCCUUUAAACCAGUUUUAAAUAAAUAAAUAGAAUAAAUACUAUAGAUCGUCCCGGAUUACUGAUAACCAACUUGCUUUUCGUUUCAUAAUGACCAUGAGUAGUUGCAAGUUUGUUCGAUAUUGCUCAAUCACGGAAUUUUUGAUCUAAUGUAGCCUCUAUCUUACUUAGUUCUUCAGGUGUCUGAAGUGAAAAUUUCGAAGAUCAAAAGUCCAUGCAACAUUUACUUUUUCGUCUAAUUUUGGUUGAUUAUCUCAUCAGACAGAUCACUCCCUAACGUUUUGUCAACAUUCCAAUUGAAAGCCUGGGAUCCACAAGCAUAAAAAUAAGUACCAAUUCAGCCUACUCGGCUACGGUACCCCACGACAUAUAUUACUGUUGGUCUUAUAUAUACAUAACACUACGGAUUUUAAAUGCCUGACACUACCAAACGUGGUUUAUUUGUGGUUUUCGAAGGUGUUGAAAAAUGUGGCAAAAAGACACAAUCAGAACUAUUACAAGAAGCUUUAACUCAAAUUACCGGCAAACAAGCUUUGUUGAUUCAUUUUCCUGACAAAAGUACACCAAUAGGGAAACUACUGGCUGAAUACUCUGAUGAAAAACUCCAACUAGAACCACAUGCAGCUCAUCUUCUUUAUAUAGCUAACAGAUGGGAACGUCAAGAUGAAAUUUCGAAUGCAUUAAAAGCUGGUAUUAGCGUUGUUGUAGAUCGUUACAGUUAUUCUGGUAUUGCUAACACAGCCGCUAAAUUUCAUCCACUCUCUGAAUUUGAUUGGAAAUGGUGCCGUUCUAUGGAGUAUGGGUUACUGCAACCUGAUUUUAUAUUUUGCCUUGCUCCAGAAAAUUUUGCUGAAAUUUCAGUUCGUGACGCAUUUAGUGACAAAAAGUUUGAAACAAUGGAUUUUCAAAAACGAAUUCUUAUUUAUUACGGUCGUUUAUCACGUGAAAUGGAGUCUGAGUUAAGUGAGAAUGAUGACACAAAUGAGCGUGAACCGAGACUCUGGCAUUGGAUACCAGCAACAGGUCAAACUGUGGAUGAAACGCAUUCGUGUAUAAUGUCGAUUAUUGAUUCUAAAUUAUAAGCCAGUUUUUUAAUAAAAUUAUCUAUUCAUUAUAUUUACUUUUGACUAUUAUUUAUUUUGUUGUUAAUGAUGACUAUUAAGAAUAGUCAAUCGAAUUGAAGUAGUAUCAGUAGUUCAUAUUGAAAUGAGGCACAAUGUGCUAAGCAAAGAUGAUUCAUCGGUUGUUAAGUUUGUGAAUAUCCAUCACCUGGAGUGGUUGGGAUGUGUCACGUUUGUCGAAUCAUCAUCUACUUCGAUAUGCAGUGGUAGUUGAAGUGUGAGUGAAUCAAAAAGCUAGUUGUCAAGUUUUCUGGGGAUGCUAGAUCCCCAGAAAUCGCUUGAUUAACGUCUUGUUUUUGUAAUUUUGGAAAUUUGAAUUUCUCGUUUCUCUCCAAAAGCGCUCAUUUCUACCUUCAGAUUGUAUUUCCCACUUGAAAAGACGCUAAAUGUAGUUGAUUCGUCCCCUCUUUUAAUAUGCUAUUUUGUGACGUUUCCUAAGGACAUUUUUAUGCUGUAUAUAUACGUUUGAGUUGUGUGCUUGUUCUUGCUUGAGAUUCUCGGUGCUUGUGGAAUAUACCUUUUCAUCAUCUGAACCGGGUCUUCUUCUGGUUAUCAGGGCUCGGAUGCACCCAAGUCAUGGUGAUAUCAAGCUAUUUAGUUAUAUGGUCUGCGUGAUGACCUUGGUCAAUCGUUAGAGACGUGCAACACGACUCAUAAUUGGUCAGAGGGACUCAAAUGCACUCAAUGUUCAUUUAGAUUUUGGCUUCCAGUAUCCCCUUGCACAUAAAUUUCUGUUCAAUCUUAUUGAACCAUAUCCUUUAUUUCCGGUCUUUCUAAUUGCUAUCACAUUGUUUUGAUCCCUUUACUACUCAUUUUAUUCAUUUCAUCUCGUCGUUUUGACGCGGUGGGUAAAUUGAGCUAAUGCACGUGCCAUCCCGUAUGUUGAUCUUGACUAACAAAAUUAUUCUUACGAUUUCAUACAAGUUAUCCCAUUUAUAAAUUAGGAUAUAUUCUUCUGACACGAUUGAAAAGUAUUCUGAAGAAAACUAUUUUGUAGAUUAUUGAAGUCUAAGUAUAGACCGCCUCAUGUGUCCUUACGAUAAGUAUAUCUUCCCAAUCGACCAUUUGUAUUACUCUUUAGAAGAUAACACUGGUUAAUUAACCAUACUUGAACUUUGAUUACGUGGUAAUGAUUAUUCUCAACAAUUCAUAACUAAGUAUGAGAAGACUAAAGCGAAGGAAAUGCAGUAUGCUACGGUUGAGAAACAUGGCUUCAAGGAUGAUGAAAUAACUAGAAAGAUUGGUUCUAGAUUAAAAGACGUAAUAAAAGGAUAUAUACAAUUACCAACCCGAUCUCCAUAUAUCAAACGAAUUAAGACGGUUGUUUGUGAACAAUUCUCCCUAUACUACCUCCAAAUGUAUCUACCAGUUUAUAUCUACGCCCAAAAGUACAUACAUUAGAAGAACAGAAAAGGAGGAUUAGUAUCCGCAUCUCUAAGCACAUUUCACAAAAGUUUAAACUAGGGGAACACUUUUUUAGCAUUGUGACUGAACAUCAUCUGUUUGUCAAUGACCAUGAUGUUUAUGUCUCAGAGUCAUCUAAGAUACUUAGUAGAAAAAAGGGCGUUGAAUUUACUGUGGCUUGAUGUAGCGAUUUCCGUCAAAAGAUUUAAGCCAAACAUAUUCAUCCAGUCACCAACCUUGUUUUGUCGUGGUACCUUUAAUCAUAAAUGUUUGUUACUCGUUUCGCAUGACACUGAUCAUUAAUCCCCAUCUUUAUCUGAUCUGUGAUCAGUCAAUUUUGUUUCAAGGGUUACAUAAAUAUCGCAUUAAUAUCUCAUCUUUAAAUAAUUCUGUUACUAUGCUCUUAGUUUUCAUUCUGGGAUAUUCUUAUCAUCAACCUAUGAAUACUCAUGUUAUCUAGCGAAUAAAUAUAUCUUGCAUUUUCCACUAAUCUCUGAUAAGAACUUAUAUUGUAUGAUGAAGUAUGUAAUCUUAUUCUCAAUGAUGUGAACACCAUUAUGUUUAAGUUGUAAACAGCUGAUGAGAAAUCGCGCAAUAUGACGACUCCAUAUUAUCUUGUCACUUCAAUUGUUUUUGUUUUAGUCUAAUUCUUGUGAUAUAGAUUCAAAUGUAUUUAAUGAUACUUAUGCUUUUGAAAAUUUUCUGGGUUACAAAUUGAUAAAUAUACAGUAAAUUCUUACAAUGUGCGACAAAAUCGAUAGAUGUUAACGGUGUGUUGUAUUUGUAAAUUUCUAAAUUGGUGUAAUGACAGGUGUUGCUACUCAUUUUCAAUUGUUUUUGCCUUAAAUUUCAUUAGUACUGAUACUAGUAAUAUAUAUUCUAUAGACCAGUAAAUAUAAUCGUCAGAACUUAUCGUCGACCCAAAUCACUUGGGAUUAGAAAAGGUCGACCCUAAAAAUACACACCGCCUUAUCCCACGGAUAUCCGUCUCCAGCGGUAACGUCUCAAGUACGGGGCUAACACAAAAAUUGCCCAUAAAAAGGUCGUGUGUGACCGACCUCAAGCAGUUGUCCCUUGGGCACUGCGGUCACGCUCCCAGGUUACUAAGACCACUUCUAAUCCUAUUUCGUUUUCAGGUACCUCCAAAGAACCCAUCCACGGUGUGGGCAACCGGGAAGUGAAAACCGCCCUCAUACCUCUAACAGCACUUAAGACCACUGUAUUCAUAAUCAACCUCCCUCUUCAAUUCCUAUUAUUCCCCCUACAUCGACUUCAAACUCUAAACUUCUUUUUUCGGCUCCCUCCUCAAGUGUCACCAUAGCCAACGAUUCUAGUGCUCAAAAUACUGUCCCAGGUCUACUGAAAUCUCGCUCCAAACUACACAUCAGAGAAUUCAGCAUACGCACCCGGUGUCGAAUCGGCCAACAGGCCUCGUUGGCUAAAACCAUAUAAUUUCGUCCCAUUGAUGUAUGCUGUGUCUCCGAAACACGCAUACAGGAUCCUUGUGUAGUCAUUAAUUUGACCUCACCUAGUCAAAAUGGAGAACCGACGAGAUACACCCUCCGUGUAUCUGGCGACGCGAUGGAUAGUUCUCGUGGACUGGCAGGUGUAGGCAUAGCGCUAAGUACAAGAGCGUAACAAGCAUUAUUAGAGUGACCGCCGUUAACAGUCAUUUAUGUGCUGUUCGGCUAAACGGCUCCGUAAAAACUUGGAAGGAUAGGAACACACGUCAUCGCCUUUUUUCGUCAUUUCUGCAUACUCUUCCACUGACUGCAGCCCGGAUGAAGUGAAAGAUGACUUUUACAAAAGCUUUUUGAGCUUCUUCAUAGAGCUAAACGUUCAGACAUAGUGCUCGCAGCGGGUGACUUUAAUGCCCGCGUAGGUAGCUUAAACCAAAAAGAAAGACAUUUAGGUGAGUAUUUUAGUAUCUCAGCCAAGCGAACCCCUAAUGGUGGUCGUCUGCUGCAGCUGUGCUCCGACAAGCGUUUAUUUUUAGCAAACACUAAUUUUAAGCACCAAACCAACGAUGGACUCGAAUAGGUCAUAUUGCCAUCAAUCGUUGUUGGAGAGGGUCGAUAGAUUGUCGCUUGUCCUGAAAUACCCGCUUGGACUCCAACCAUGCUCUAAUAAGGACACGCAUCUGCUUGCGCCUCACUGGACUUAGGAAAGCCACAUUACGAAGUCCUAUUAGAAUUGAAUUGAGUGACGAGAAAGCCGAAAGUAGGAUCUAGAAACAACUGAGGUCACAGUUAAGCAGUUCUGAAAACGAGGAUGACCCAGAUAUUGCUUGGAAAGACAUAAAAACAGCAGCGACAUCUAUUAGUGACUUAAACCAAAGGGUCACAUAAAGCCAUUGAAUUUCUGUUGAGUCUAUUGCACUGGUAGAUUCUCGUAAACUCAUCCCAUCAGGCUAUGAACACGAUGAAGAGCGACAAUAAAUCAGAUCUAGGUUAACCAAAAGUCUAAGAAACGACCGUGAGCAGUGGUGGGCAACGAAAGCAAAAGAGAUGGAAAAGUCGGCGACUAUAGGGAACACAAGACAGCUUUACAGACUAAUAAAAGAAACUGGAAUUAAUAAGUCAAGUGUAAGUCAGGCUAUUUCGGAAAAAGACGACACUUUGAUCUGCUCCCAGUCCGGACGUUUAGAACGAUGGGGGGAACAUUUCAGAGAACAAUUCAGCUGGCCUUCAGCCACUCUACAACUACCCUCCAUUCCAAGACAGUGUGAAUGGAAGAUUGAGGUAGAUCCCCCAACUCUAGCAGAAGUUCAAAAGGCUAUAGUUAAUCUGAAAUGAGGAAGGGCAGCUGGUCCAGAUGGAUUGGCUCCAGAAGUCUUUAAGGAUGGUGGUCUAAUUUUAGCGAUUAGGUUGACUAAUAUUUUAGCUAAGAUCUGGGAAUUAGACGUUAUCCCAUCUGAAUGGUCGCAAUCACUUAUCGUCCCAAUAUAUAAGAGAGGGUUAAAAUCAUCCUGUG